CGUGUCGUGGCUACUACCCGGCCUGCCCCGCGAGAAGAUGGCGGCCUGAAGGCAGCGGGCAGCGGCAGAAACCGAAGACUCAGGGGCCCCAGGGACUGGAAGAAUCUCAGUGCCUGCUUGGAAGAAGAGGUAGCGACUUGCCCAAGCCCAACCCCAGAGCGGGCUUGGAGAGGAGAAGGGGACUCUGGAAAUAACAGGAAGGCUGAUUGCUUGGAGCCUCUCGGUGUUCUGCACAGCGGUGAUCCCUGACCACAGUGGAAACCCUUGGUCACAAACACAUACUUCAUAUCCACAGAAAGGAGCAGUUGUUUCUAGACUCCGAGAGGCCUGGGAGAUGAACAGGACAGAUGUGGGGUAGGAUCAGGACAGGACCAGACGUAUUUCAAAAUUGGGCAUGUGGGCACGCUGAGACCAUGAACACACACACAGACACACUUGUGACAGUGCUCAUGGAAACGUUUCAGAAGCUGUUGGCUAGAGGAGGACGUGGCGGGGCCGGGGGAUGCAGAGAGCCGAGGGCUAACUCCCGGACAGUGGAACAGAGCGAGCUGCCGACAGACAGACGCAGGUCACGGAGCCCUCACCUUCCAGAAUGACCAGUGCAGCCCCUGCUAAGAAACCCUACCGUAAGGCACCGCCUGAGCAUCGGGAGUUGCGCCUGGAAGUUCCUGGAUCCCAGCUGGAGCAGGAGGAGUCCCUGACUGAUGCAGAGAGGAUGAAGCUGUUGCAGCAGGAGAAUGAGGAGCUUCGGAGGCGCCUUGCCUUGGCUACCAGGCGCACUGAGGCCCUGGAGCGCGAGCUGGAAAUCGGACAGGACUGCCUGGAGCUGGAGCUGGGCCAGAGCCGGGAGGAGCUGGACAAAUUUAAGGACAAGUUCCGCAGGCUGCAGAACAGCUACACAGCUUCCCAGAGGACCAACCAGGAGCUGGAGGACAAGCUGCACACGCUGGCCUCUCUUAGCCACAGCUGGAUUUUUGCAAUCAAGAAGGCUGAGAUGGAUAGGAAGACACUGGACUGGGAGAUUGUAGAGCUGACCAACAAGCUGCUGGAUGCCAAGAACACCAUCAAUAAGCUGGAGGAGCUCAAUGAACGGUACCGGCUGGACUGCAACCUGGCCGUGCAGCUCCUCAAGUGCAACAAAUCCCACUUCCGUCACCACAAGUUUGCUGAUCUGCCCUGCGAGCUACAGGAUAUGGUCCGGAAACAUCUGCACAGUGAUCAGGAGGCUGCCAGCCCAGGCCCUGCCCACAGCCUGGCACCAGGGGCUGUGGUACCCACCUCGGUCAUUGCCCGGGUGUUGGAGAAGCCAGAGUCUCUACUGCUCAAUUCGGCCCAGUCAGGCAGUGCAGGGCGCCCCUUGGCUGAGGAUGUCUUUGUGCACGUAGACAUGAGUGGGGGUGCCCCAGGUGACCCAGCCAGCCUCCCUGUCCCUGGCAGCCCCAUCCCCCAACCCAAUGGGGAGUGCCACUCUCUGAGCACUGCUGGGGGCUCCCCAGAGGAGGACUUGCCUUUGCAGGCCUUUGAGAAGCUGAGCCCCUACCCGACCCCGUCUCCACCAAACCCUCUGUAUCCUGGCCGAAAAGUAAUAGAGUUCUCUGAGGAUAAAGUGCGAAUCCCCCGCAAUAGCCCCCUGCCCAACUGCACUUACGCUACCCGCCAGGCCAUUUCCCUGAGCCUGGUGGAGGAGGGGAGUGAGCGAGCUCGGCCCGGCCCCAUGCCCAGCAGCCCUGCCUCAGCCCAAGCCUCACCGCACCACCAGCCCAGCCCUGCUCCCCCAGCACUCAGCGCUCCUGUCAGCUCCGCCAGCUCUGAAGAGGACCUGCUGGCCAGCUGGCAGCGGGCAUUUGUGGACCGCAUUCCACCACCGGCCACUGCGGCCCAGCGCACAGCCUUUGGACACGAUGCACUGCCUGAGCUGCAGCGCCAUUUUGCUCUUAACUCCGCUGACAGAGAUGAGGUGGUUCAGGCACCUUCUUCCCCACCCUGUGAGAGUGGGCUUUUGCUGCCAACGGAACCUGACACUUGCCUGCCCAGGGAGGAGGAAGAGGAAGAGCUGAAUCUGCCGGUCAGUCCCGAGGAAGAACAACAGAGCCUGCUGCCCACUGAUAGUAGCACAGAAAAAGGGCCUGGCACAUCCCACACUGAGGGCAGGACCUGGGCACUCCCCAGCUCCAGCCGCCCCCAGCGCAGCCCCAAGAGGAUGGGGGUUCAUCACCUGCACCGCAAGGACAGCCUGACCCAGGCCCAGGAGCAGGGCAACCUGCUCGACUAGGACCCCUGCUUGCCUUCCUGCCAGCGCUGCACUGGGACUGCAAGGACACCCGUACCCUUGCAGCUCAGGGCCCUCCACCCAGCCCGAGCCCUUGAACUUUCCUCCCUCUAGACCUGCACAGCCCUGUUCCCUGUGCGGUAGGGUCAGGCCGUGGGCCACACCAGGCCUUUCAGCUGCGUUGACUGACUGGCAGCAGCUUCCCUCAUGGUUUACCCCCUUUUUGAAAUAUUUAUUCUCCAAAGGUAACAUGCAGCUGAGUUCAAGACCUUUCUUCAAAUUGGUCCAGCCCAAAUUAGGCUGUUCUGGGCAGCAGAAGGGUUUUAUCACAUCAGUGUUCGUCCUCCAUCAUCCGUUCAUAGCCAUGAGGGGUUUUUUUAGGGUGGAGGGGAUGUCUGUGGGAUUAUUAACCUCUGUUUUCUGUUUUCUAUUAACCUCUCUAUUUUCUGUCUGUCUCCCUCUCUCCCCAAACCCUCUGCACAAGCGGUUGCCUUCAGGGGGCCUGGCACGGUGGGCCCUCCAGGGAGAGGGAGAGGGCUGACUCAGGGCUCUCUUCAGCUGUUUCUUCCUCUCUGCAAGGGAGUAUGGGGUGGGACUCUGGGGCCUCAAGAUGGGCUCCAGGUGAGGCCUGGCCCCCUCCCAGCCUUGGCUCUAGACUGUUACUCCCAGCUUUGGGAAAUUUUCACAUUGAUGACUAUUUUAAAAUUAAACUAUUUUACUGGUAUGGACUAAUUUGUCUAUUAAAUGAUUAUCCUUUACCCAAUUCUUGAGUAUUCCCGGUUCCUGUGAUGUCCUACUCUUUUCUAGUGAUCCUUCCUUGCCCCAACUCUGCCUCGGCCUUCCCUGGGCCCAAGAGCAUCAGGCAG